AUGCACGGCGUCUUCUGUACGCUGAUGACCUGCAAAUCUACGCGAGUUGCUCCUCCGGUGAUCUGCCGAGGUGCAUUACCGAGCUCAACGCGGACAUCUCUCGAAUACAUCAACACCUCCGAGCUCCCUCCCCUGUCUGACGGUGAGACAGAGGUGCCCCUGGUGUCUUCGGUGAGGAACCUUAGAGUCAUCAUUGAUUCUAAGCUGACUUUCCAUCAGCACAUUGCCAAGGUCUCGUCUAGCGUUCACGGAGUCUUGUACAAGCUCCAACAACUCAGGGAGUUCACUGACACUCGCCUACGUCGCAUGCUUGCAUCUGCCCUUUUGCUUCCACUUCUGCACUACUGCUCCCCUGUCCUACUUGGGGCAGGCGCUGUCAGCGAUCUAAAGCUUCAACGACUGACCAACAAAGGGGUCCGCUACAUUCACGACCUCCCGCGCGACGCCUCCAUCACGCCUCAUCGUCAGUCCUUAGGCUGGCUUACCGUGAGCGCCGGCCGGGAACUUGCACUGGCCUGCAUGGUGCACAGUGCUCUUCGUGGCCUGGCACCUCCGAUACUGAGUGAGCUCCUCCUUAUUCACGCCCCCUCUCGCCCCCGCAGAGGGACCCGCGCGUCUUUGGUCGUGAUCCCGAAGCACCGCACCGAAGCCUACAGGAGCUCUUUCGCGGUUGCGGCACCCUACAUUUGGAAUGCCCUUCCUGCUAACGUGGCCGAUAUCCCGACCCUCACUGCCUUCAAACCUGCUGCUCGUCUGUGGUACCUGAGUCGCGAAAAUCCAGGUCAAUGA